CCACCCCAUCCUUCGUCCUCCAUCCGCCAACUUCCAUCUGCCCCAUCAAGCAGCCGAUAAGCAUGGCCAUCACCUGGUCUUCGUCGUAUGCGCUGCCGCUUGCAAUCGCCGGUGCAAUCGCGGCGUACAUGGUCCUUCGUCGGCCCCGCCAUCUCCCAGAUAUUCCCGGCGACUACCAGUGGCCAUUGGUCGGCAAUCUGCCCUAUCUCCUUCCAUUCAGCCGAAAGAGCAAGAGUCAUCUCUAUAUGCGCCGGUGCAUGCAGCUCUACGGCAAGGUUGACCAGGGAUACAUAUUCGGCAACGUUUUCGUUAAUUUCUCGGACGCCAAUGUCGUUCGUGAACUCUUGCGUCAGGAUGAAAACGGCGCUAUUGUCCGAGGCGACAUUGUUCAGAAAGCCUUCCGCGGUGUCGGGAACUGGAUUCUCUUUUUGAUGCCGAUGGACCGCCACUGGAAGCGUCACCGCAAGAUGAUCCAGCCAGGCUUUGGGCCAGCCCAGCUGCGACGCACCGCCGUCUCAACCAACGAGUUUCUGGAUACGCUGCUCGAGCACUGGAUCAGCACCGACGCCUCUGUCGUCGACUUCCACACGAUCGCCUCCGCCGUGAUCAUGGACAUUCUGGGCGACGUCGGCUUCUCGUACCGGUUCAACAUGGUCAAACACCUCGACGACCCAGAGAAGCUCAACGAGAUCUUCCAGCCCUUUGAUCGCCUCUUCCGCAUCAGCUUCGAGCGAUCGCGCUAUCCAGCCUUUUUGUGGGAAUGGUUCAAUCUCGGGGACGACCAAAUCAAGCCGCACAUCGGGGCUCUGCACACCCUUGUCCUUGCCGUCUUGAACGAGCGCCGCGCGGCCGAAGCCUCGGUACUGAAAGCAGAAGCCCGGGACAUUGUGGGCCGCCUGAUCUGUGUCGACGACGAGGGAAGCGAGCAAUUCACGGACGAGGAGAUAUGCGACGAGCUCCUGGGCUUUUUCUUUGCCGGACACGAAACGACUGCCAACACCCUGACCUUUGUCGUGGCUGAGCUCGCCCAAAACCCUGCCGUCGCCGAGCGACUCUACAACGAAAUCCACAGCAUCCUCGGCAGCGACGGAAUUCCCAGCCAUGACCAGCUGAGUGACUUCAAGUACCUCGACAAGGUCCUUAAGGAGACUCAGCGGCUGCAUUCGGUUGUUCCCAUCAUCUUGCGAUUCGCUGUCCGGGACACAACAGUCGCGGGCUACAAGAUCCCGAAGGGUGCUCACAUCGGUAUAAGCAUCGACCAUAUCCACCACAACCCCGAGUACUGGAAGGACCCAGACGUUUUCAACCCCGAUCGCUGGGACGAACCCAUUGUUCCCGGGAGCUUCAUUCCCUUUGGCGACGGUCCGAUGAACUGCAUCGGCCAGAAGAUGGCCGUGAUCGAGAGCAAGGUCUUUAUGAUCCGUCUGGUGCAAAAGUUCCGGCUCCACAUCGUCAACCCAGAUCAGCUCGACCCGAUCUACUCGAUCACACUCGGAUACAAGAAUGGACUCGACAUCCGACUGGAGAGACGUUGAGGACAUCCCGCACUGCAUGGUCCUUGAGGAGCAUUGUGGCAGCUCGCCAGUGCCCACAUCAAUAGAACAGAACUAGAUGAGCCGAUCCUGUUGUCGCUGCCCGAGCCAGAGAAUCGGCCCGCAUCAAGCACACCGCCCAAAAAUAGUGCAUGC